ACCUUUUUAAUAUUUAAGAGAGACAAAGAAAAGCAGUUUUAAACAUACACCAGAAACUGUGAUCAAGCGGAAGUUGUGUAAAUGAACGUUGCCUCGUUCUGAAUUCAAGAUGUCAGCGCCCAUGGUCACGGACAUCGCAAGAAAGCUAAUGGGAUCUAUUAUCAGACCAAAUCUUUUGUUUAAACCUUGCAAAUUAUGUCAGUCAAUACGAAAUGCCUCUGGAUCUACUAGACGUCAUGAGGCUCGAGAAAGACGUAAGAAAGAGGUGAUUCAACUAAAAAGUGAGAAAGGUACGCCAGCUGAACGUGUUUAUGUAUGGGGUCAUGCUGCUGCAGGUGCUUUAGGUGUGAGAUCAUAUUUACGUCCAGAACGCAGUAGUCAGAGUCCUGUAAGAAUACAACAUAGACCGGCUAGACUGAGAUUUAUGGAUGAAAAUGAUAUACAGGUUUACAAUGUGGCAUGUGGAUAUGGCUUUACUCUGUUUGCUGCAAAGAGAAGACGACGACACAUGGUUCUUGCCACUGGAAUAAACACAGACUCACAGUUAGGCUAUCAUGAGUUCCCUAAAAAUACAGGACGUGUAUUGGAUUAUAUAAUUGAGCCAGUGCCGGUAGAAAUACCAGGGAUAUCACAGGACAACCAUAGAUCUGUACUACAGGUAGCAGCCGGGCGGGCCCACAGUGUCUUUCUUACUGAAGCUGGAGUGUUCUCACAAGGUAACAAUGCAUAUGGGCAAUGUGGUAGACCUUCAGUGGAAGGUGAAAGCUUUCACAAAGUUUUCAACAUACAAAGAGUGGAGGGACUUCCAGACAACAUUAGCAAGGUAUGUUUAUAAGGGUUAUUUUAUCAU